CCCAGCACCGCGGGGGAGAGACGGCCGCCCGCCCCGCGGGGGUGUGGAAAAAUGGCAAAGAGAAUUGCAGAGAAGGAACUGACUGACAGAAACUGGGAUCAGGAGGAUGAAGCUGAAGAGGUGGGAACAUUCUCAGUAGCCAGUGAAGAAGUCCUGAAGAACAGAGCUAUUAAAAAAGCAAAGCGACGAAACAUUGGAUCAGAGUCUGAAAGUGGAGGAGCUUUUAAAGGGUUUAAAGGCUUUAUAUUGCCUUCUGGAAAAGGAGGAGGUGGCUUCAGCGGAUUUGGUAAUGGUGCAGGAAUAAAGCCUUUAGAAGGGCUGUCUAAUGGAAGCAGUAGUGUCUCUAGCACUCCUUCUUUCAGCAGUUUAAAGACCACCUCUGAAACACAAUCAGCAUUUGGAUCCACAAUGUCAAAUGGUCCCACUACUACUGCAUUUACUGAGAAAAAGGCUGCAAGCCCAAAAGCUAAUGGUGGCAGUCAACCGUCCUCAUCUGGCUAUGCUCAGAGUAAAGUUUGUAGCUCUAGUGUUUACCACAAACAGUUAGCAGCUUUAAACUGUUCUGUGCGUGACUGGAUAGUUAAGCAUGUAAACACAAACCCACUGUGUGACCUGACACCAAUCUUCAGAGACUAUGAGAAGUAUUUAGCAAAUAUUGAACAGCAACAUGGAAGCAGUAGUGAUAGUGGCUCGGAAAACGAAAGCAACAAGACACCUGGCUCUCAGUCAGUUUCUACAUUUGGGAAUUCAAAGCUACAGCAAGGAUCAACAUUUUUGUUUAACAACAACAAAAGUGAGGAUACCUCGGACAAAAAACCUGAAGCUGCAUCAGAAAAAAAAGAUCCAUCUUUAGGAGCUACGUCAACUGUCUCAUUUAAUUUUGGCAAGAGUGUUGACAGUUCUGUUUUGGGUUCCCUUGGUUCAGGAACGCUUAGUAGUUUCUCAUUUUCUCCUGGAAAUUCAGGUUUGUUUGGAAAAGACGCAAACCAGGCUAAGUCUGUCACUGCAAUAUCCACCAAUGUAUUGGAAGCUCAGACAGAAAGUGGAAAUAGCGAUGAUAAAGGAGGGGAAGAGGAGGAGGAAGAGCCACCAAAAGUCAUUGUUAAUGAAAUAAAAGAGGAUGAUGCUUUCUACUCAAAGAAGUGCAAACUGUUCUACAAAAAGGAUAAUGAAUUUAAAGAAAAAGGUGUAGGAACAUUACACUUAAAACCCGCAGGAAAUGAAAAAACUCAACUCCUGGUCCGAGCAGAUACCAAUUUAGGAAACAUACUGUUGAAUGUUCUAAUUCCACCUAAGAUGCCAUGUACAAGAACCGGAAAAAACAAUGUUCUUAUAGUUUGUGUUCCUAAUCCACCGAUUGAUGAGAAGAAUCCAGCUGUUCCUGUCACUAUGUUAAUAAGGGUGAAAACAAGUGAGGAUGCAGAUGAGUUGCACAAAAUCUUACUGGAGAAAAAGGAGGCCUAAAUAAGUUGCAGUCAUUGAUUUGAGGAAUUAUUGCCAAACUGCUGCUGCUCUUUUUUUCUUCCAUAAUUUCACUUGAACACUUAACUCUUUAUUCUGAUAUUAAGAACUGUUACAGGAAUUCUGGAAAAAUUCUGUGAGGAAAAGCUAAACUAGCUAAUAAAAGCUUUAAUAGAACACAAGUCUUGGACUGUGCUCCCUCAUUUUUCAGUAUCUAAAUGCAGGACCUCUUCUGGAUAAAGCACAUUGAUUUAAAUUAAAGCGUACGUUUUUAACACCGAUUGAGUUGACCGAAUGGACUGAUAUCAGUACAAAAAUAUGGUACCAGAGCUUCCUCACAGACUGCCGUGCAAUGCAACAACCUCCUGUGUUGAGAAGGGAGGAUGUUGAAGUUUAACUGUUGAAACUGUUUCUGGACUCCAGAUUUUUAAUUUUAAUUGGUCUGUCAUAUUCUGGUGAGACUUAAUUUUUCAAACUUGGUGACAUCAGUGCACCCCAAGAACGACAGUGUGUAUAUUAUACUGUGUUUUAAUUCUUAACAGACUUGUGUGCUUUUGGGACUCGGAGACAGCAUCUCCAGAUAUUUAAAAGAAAAUUUGCUUGCGUAGUCUUGUUGACAGUAGUGUUUCUUAGAGAAGAACUGUCAGUUCUGUUCUUACUGUAGCAACAAGCUAAUGAUGUGCAAUAGUACAAGCAGACAACUGGAAGACUGUUCAUCUUGGACCACAACCACAGCUGGCGUUUGCUGACUUCUGACAAGUCAGAAGCAAAGGGUUGCAGUUGCACUUCCAUUAACAGUCCCUCCGAGGUAUUCUUCCCUAGUCCUUUGGGCUAAAACUGAAACCCAGCAGAGGCAGAGGUGUAAAUGUUGUUGUACUCGUCUUGCUUCUAGUACUUUUCUGAAGAUUCUCUUUUCACAAACAAAUUUCAGGAUUUUUAUAGAUCUUUAUAUUGCCUCUGGCCAUUACCAGGAAAUACAUGCAUAAAUGUGUAUCAGUAAUUAUUUUUCCCAUGUGCUAAAACUACAGUGCUUUACUGCAUUACAUUAAGCAGUAGUUUGCAGCUUUAGGGACAAGCUUUCUGUUGCAAGUAGGGAGCACUGGGUUAACUUACAACUUAGUUUUCAGCUGUGUUAAAAUGAACUGUGUGGCAAUAAUUUGUGGAUCAGAACAUCACCCUGUUCUCAGUUUCCAUCUCAAAUUUAUCAAGACUGUGUUUGGUUAUUUAAUCCUUUUUCAAAUCUUGUUUGCUGGAAACUCCUUCCCUAAUAGUUGUUUUUCUGCUUCACUUUCAGCUCUGGGAACUACCCAAGAGCUAGAUGUUAAUAUUAGACUUGAACUGCUCUUGGAUCUGUCACACUGACCAGCUCCAGGCAGAUGGAAGAAGCAUGCCAACCUGCCUCUGGCUAAUGCAACACAGAGGAAAAAAUCCUAUUCUUUAAAAAUGCAGCAUGAUGCAGUUCUCACAGGGGGCCUGGAAAUCCACAGUAGUGGCAUCCUGUGGGUGGGGAAAAAGGAGUAGCACCAUUUGAUUAGAUGCAGCACAUCUUACCUGCUCCCCACUGCUUGCGGGGACGGGGCUGGGGAGGAUGGGGGCAAAUGCCUGCCUUUAGUCCUAAAUCACUGUACAAUCCAGGUUAUGGCCUUUUUUUCCCCCUCUUAACUAAAUGGAGGAAAAACUUUAUAGGAUUUAUAGCCCUCUUGACCAAAGUUCAAAAACAAAGGCCUUCGCUUACAUUUCAGCUACACUGAGGUCACAGGAAUUGCAUUUCUGACACUCAAGUGUAAAGGGAGCUCAGAUUAUAUUUCAAAUAAUAUUUGAAAUAUGAAGUGGUGCCUUUUUUUUUUCAUUUGGCUCAGUACUUAAAAGUAAGUGACAUUACUUUCCUCAAAAUAAUGUGCUUUUUUAAAAAAAGUCUUGCCAAUACCUAAAUUGGAGGCCAAAAGCUGAAGGCAUGCAUAUUAAUUGCAUAUGAAUGAAAAGCAGAACAUUGCCUGAAAAGUUUAUUACAGGCUCAGGUUUUAACGUCCAAGGGCUCAGUUAAUUUUGCAUUUGUCUUCUGACUGUAGUGUCUUAAACACAUCACCAUGCAGAAAGAUUUUGAGGCUGGAGUGCUGGGUGUGGUAAGCAAUUUAUUAUGCAUCCCACUUGAAGAGCAGCUCCAUACAGAUUUAUCAGUGGUCUCAGGUUUCUGUUUGGUUUACUUCCGAAAGCUCAUGGCUAUGUAACUGUUUCUUCAUCCACUGAAGUGCGGACCAACUAACUUGAACAAGUGAGACAAACUGAACAUCCCGUGCAUCCUUCUGAUUUGCCUCUGAAGUGAGGCGGUCUUGGGGUUUUGCACACACGUAUUUGGCCCAAUUCUGAAGCUGGCAAACUGAAUAAUGGCUAGUGCAUCUCUGUCAUGUUUUCAAGGGUGGACAUUCUGAGGGUGAGCACAGAGUGUAUGGAAAAAUAAGUAGAAGAACAAUAAAUUGGGUUGGAAAAAUUAAACUUUACAAUAUCUAUGGUAACAAGUAAUACCUUCUAUUAGCCGUGGUAAAGACUAUUUGAGAUGAGACACCUUAAUUCUUUAGCAAUGUACGUAUUUAUCAGUAAAGCUAGGAGAAGGUAUAUAAUUUGAAUCUUGUGUUAAUUAGUAUGUCAAAUAUAUGCAUAAACACAAGAUUUUAAACAUUUUACACUGGGAAAGUUGCCACUAAAAGAAUAGGGAAGAAUUUUACUGCAAAUUAGAGAUUUUAAUCAAUAUCAUUGAUAGUGACCCUGCAAUUAUCUGGACCAUGAAGCAGGAAAAGGAAGCUGUGUACUUUUCACUUGGUGUUCAGUUAUAAAGCACAACCCUUCUCUAGUACUGUUAUAAAAACAAAUUUUUGAUAAAUGCUUCAGUUUCUAGUUAAGAAAUAGUAAAGUACAUAAAUACUGUAAAAAGCCAGAGAUUCUUACAUAGAAAUAAAGGCCUAAAAUGAGUUAAAAGCAAAAGUUAGUGGAGAACAUAGAAAUCAAUAUACUAAUGCCUUUGUUACAAAGUGGUACAUGCUAUUCAAGGAAGGAAUUUUGAUCAGAAUUCCAACUUAGUGAGGCAUUCCUGUAUCUUGGUAGAUACUUAAUAUGUUUUAGCAGCUGGAUAUCAGAUACCUGAUAUUAAAGAUGCAAGUUUCCUCCCUAAUUUGAGUUAAUGCUUUCACUUUUUCAGCUGUACAUAGGUGUUGGAGUGUCUUAAUGGAUCAUGCAUUCUUCCUUCUGCUGUGAUUUUGAAGUUUUGGCUGCGUAGAAAUCUUUCCUUUCCCUCUCACCUCCCCAAAAUAGAAAAUCAAGAUGUCUGCUGCUUUUAACUAUCAGAAUCAUCUGUGAGGGAGAUUAUUACAGUUGGUUUGAAUUUUAUUUUGAAAUAUUAAAUGGCUAUAUGCAGGGGGGUUUUUUUGUAAUGUUCUUAAAAUUAUCUAUUUGGGAGCACACCAGGUGUUCCUAUAAUCCCUUUUGGUUGAUGGAUGUGAAAACGUAAAUGAAAUUUACAGUUCAAAUGAACAUGUAGAACAUAAACCAAUUAGGAGGUACGCUUUACUGUUAAGAACUUCCAUUCAGCUCCCUUUGCAGCACUGUAACAUUUAAAAUGUCCUUAAAAGACUUACUUUCUGAUGCCUUAACUUAUUUGCAUUUGCUAAAAUUUUGUAGCUGGUGCCUGUGUGCAGAAGUUAACUCACAUUAAACAAUUCAAAGUGGCAUGAGCUAGCAUAAAUCCAAUGAAAAUGCUGAAUGUGACAAUUUGUUAAUUGUUAAUAGAUUUCAAACUGCUCUGAAUUUUUCAGUGGAUACUUAAGUUUCACAUAACUUGUCAUGUAACAAUGUUUUCAUUAGUUCUAAUACAUUGAGGAAGUGUACAAAAAUCCAUGGAAAAUGUGAAUAAAUGAAU